CCAUUUGAAAUACUUACUAUUGAUUCUUAUUUAUUGUCAACUUUGAUUGUGUUAAUUUAUUAAUUUCUAUUGAUUGUUAAUUGUAUCAUGGAGUCAACGAGUAUAAAAUACUUUCCAUUUAGCUCAUUAAUUGAAACUUCUUUCUGGCAUUCGCUUUCUCAGAAUAAAUUGAAUAUCUACAAAUUGGAUGAAACUGAGAUUCCAAUUCAAGCUUCUUACAGAAAUGAUUCAUCUCGUGGCCUUUAUCCAAUUGUAUCUCUUGACUAUGAAUCUUUUAAUGUCAAAGAUUCUUGGACUGAUUGUAAUUCAUUUCCACUCUAUGGAUCACUGAUUAUCGCUAAUACCAUUGAAGAUUUUAAAUCUCUUGAUAAAACUCAAUUAACGGAAAAGAUUGGAGGUCAGAUCUGGAAUAAUAUUAUAAACUCAGAAUCUUCGGACAAUUUACCAUCAAUUCUAUCACGAUUUCUGCUCAUCGUUUACGCGGAUCUUAAAAAAUAUCGAUACUAUUAUUGGUUCUGUUUCCCUGCUCUCUGUUUUCCCAAAGAAACAAUUAACUGUUCACAAGGGCGAUUUCUAUCUGAUCUUCAUUCUGAAUCUGUGGUCUCAUCUUUGGUUUCUACUCACAAAGAAUUACCAAUCAAUGAUCGAAGCUAUUUUCUCACCUUAAUUUCUGGUGACAAUCAAGUUAAAUUGUUCCCAUUGAAAGAAUACUCCAAUUUACUCAAAUCAUCUCAAAAGUUUUAUGUCUCGUUUGCUGACCCCUGCACUGACCCUAAUCACCCUGGUUGGCCUCUUCGUAAUCUAAUCACUUACCUGGUUAAACGUUUUGAAAUUCAAUCUCUUGAUGUUUUAUGUUAUCGUUUUAAAAAUAACUCAGCGGGAUCAAGUUUAAUCAUCCAUUUGACCUUCGAUCAGGUCAACAGGAAUAUCACUGAAUAUCCUGGAGCCAUUGGUUGGGAAAAGAAUGAAAAAUCAAAACUUUUACCCAAAAUAACUGAUCUGAGUGCGACUUUAGACCCAAAAGUCUUAGCGGGUAAUUCAGUCGAUUUGAAUCUACGGCUCAUGAGAUGGAGACUUAUGCCUGAGUUGAAUCUGGAAAAAAUCGCUGCGACUAAGUGUUUACUUCUCGGUGCUGGAACUUUGGGUAGCAAUGUUGCCCGAGGGCUUUUAGCUUGGGGUGUCCAUCAGAUUACGUUUGUUGAUUCGGGAAAAGUAUCUUAUUCUAAUCCAGUUAGACAAUCUUUGUUUCAAUUUGUUGAUUGUCUCAAUUCUGGUCGACCCAAGGCCGAAGCUGCUGCCGAAAAUUUGUCCAAAGUUUAUCCGAAUGUGAUUAGUAAAGGUUAUUCUUUUACUAUUCCAAUGCCUGGACAUGCUUCUUUCGUCGAAGAUAUUGAAGAGACUUCGAAAACAGUCAGUCAAUUAGAAGAGUUGAUUAAAGAACAUGAUUGUGUUUUCCUUUUAAUGGACUCACGGGAAAGUCGUUGGUUACCCACAGUUUUAGGUCAAAUUCACGGAAAACUCGUCAUCAAUGCAGCUCUUGGUUUCGAUACUUAUUUAGUCCAGAGACAUGGUGUACCUCCAUUAAAUAAUUCAUUAUCAUCGCCAUCGUCAUCGGAAUCAUCUUCUAGUGCAAAUGAAUCAAAUCGUAAACUUGGCUGUUAUUUUUGCAACGAUGUCGUCGCUCCUGGAGAUUCUUCCCGUAAUCGAACGUUAGACCAACAAUGUACCGUUACACGUCCUGGGGUCUCAAUGAUCGCAAGUUCGCUCGCAGUUGAAUUGAUGGUCUCCGUCUUACAACAUCCGUUAGGUUAUUAUGCUCCCGCUAAUCAUGAUCAACCUGGAUCACAAUCAUCUGAAUGUAUACUCGGAAUUAUACCUCAUCAAAUUAGAGGAUUUCUAUCACAAUUUACUCAAUUUAUGCCAACGAGUAAUUCAUUUGAUAUGUGCACAGCCUGUUCACCAAUUGUUCUGGAGAGUUAUAAGAAUCAUGGAUUCCAAUUUUUGGCCCAAGUGUUCAAGGAUUGUAAUUACUUGGAAGACUUGACUGGACUGAAAAAGCUUCAUGAUGAAACCAAUUUGGAUGAUGUUAUGGCUCUGAGUGAUAAUGAAAGUAUCUAAUUAAAGAUACACUGAAGAUGAUGAAGAUGUGGCAAUAAUGAUUAAUGAAGCAUGAGGAUUCUUGGCAAAAGAUUAGAUUGUUAUCUUCAGCAAUUAAUUGUUGAUUCAAUUUUAGCAUUUUUGUAGAUCAAACAGAAAUUGCAAUAGAUUCAAAUGUGUGUCUCGCUUUUUUGCUCCAAGUCAUCCAAGUCCAUUUGAAUCAGUUCAUCAUCAUCAGAAUCAUCACCAUGAAAAGAGGGAGAGAGAGAGAGAGUGAGUUGUUCUGAUUACUUGUUUUCUUGAAUCAAUAACAAGAAAACAAAAUCAUCAGAAUUAAUUGAUGUCGUUUAUCAAUCGAACAUGCAGACGGAGUGGAAAAACUUUUCUCUUCGGUUAUACUGAUUUUCCUCCUUCUUUUUUUCUGGCUCCGAGGCAUUUGAACUUUGCUUGUCUUCCCCAUGGAAUUUUUCCUCCUCUAUCUCUCCUUCUCUCUCUCUCACUCUAUUUAUCAUCUUCUUUACUCUCUCAAAUCAUUUUUCUUCUUCUUCUCCAUUCCUUUUUAACACAUAUUCCGUUUUUCCAUUUAUAUUUAUAUAUUUGAAACUUAUUUGUAACAACGAAUCCAUUUUAACUGCGAACAAUAAAGAGGCCAAAAAGUUUA